CGAUCUACUGAUGAGCUAGCUGCCCUUCUCAAUACCAUCAUGAUACCAUUGUUAUGUAUGCAUUUAUGUGCGUUUGUCCCAAGCACGCAGGGGUGCAAAAGGUGAUACUGCCCAUGUUACAGGGGUUUGCGGUACUGACAAAGCGUUGCCCUGUUGUGUGUGACAAGCAAGGUCGCAUCCUUCUCGUGGGGCUGAAUCGGCCCGAGAAGCGCAACUGCAUCAAUGUGGCAGCCGCGCAGCAACUUCUGGAGGCGUUCCACGAGUUCGAUCAUGAUGACAGCGUUGAUGUGGCUGUGCUUCAUGGCAAAGGUGGCAGCUUCUGUGCCGGCUAUGAUCUGUCAGAACUUGCAGAGGACAGUCUAGACGACUGGCCUGAGUGCGUUCCGGAGACAAGGAAGCCAACGGUCGCCGCGGUGAGUGGCUAUGCAGUUGGUGCAGGCAUGGAGCUGGCCCUGUGGUGUGAUUUGCGGGUAGUUGAUGAGACAGCUGUCAUGGGCCUCUUUGGACGGCGCUUUGGAGUGCCGUUAAUGGCCGGAGGUUCGGCGCGCCUGCCUGCCCUGAUUGGCCUGUCACGGGCUCUGGACCUCGUCCUGACUGGGCGGCCAAUCUCGGCAAAGGAAGCCCACGAGAUCGGCCUUGCGAAUCGCGUGGUCUCCUGCGGAACUGCCCUGGGCCAAGCCAUCAGCCUGGCAGGCAGCAUCGUCAAGUUCCCACAGGGCUGUGUGCAGGCGGACAGGGCGGCCGUCUACAAUGCCAGCUUCCACAGUCGAGACCUGUCCGAGGCCCUGGCCUUUGAGCGGAAGACGGCACGAGGGGUGCUUCACUCCGAGGCAGUUCAUGGGGCAAGGCGGUUCCUCUCUGGUGUUGGCCGGCACGGCAGCUUCAACCUUCUGCGUUCUUCCAGUGACCCAGCAUCCAAGUCAUGACAGCUGUUCAUUCACCUCAUAGGAGAUGACGUCGAAGUAUGUCACGCUUGCAGGAAUGUGAAAGCUUGCUGCAGGCAGGGAGGAGUUCUAAAAAAUGAGUUCCCCAUGUUAUACUGCACUUCCUACUUAGUGUGUAACAUAGUUAAACCUAUGCAAGUAGUGCAGUCACACAAGUCUCCCUCCACACGUUUCAUGGUGAAGUUGGUUUAAAUCUGGGACAUCUUCUGUAAAAUCACUAUAUUAACUACAACUCGAAGAGAUAAGUUUACGUGACAUAAGUUUAUGUGCUUCGUGCGUGUUUGUCUGCUCCCAGUAUGUGGCAUACAUAGAGUCUCUUACAGUAUUAGAGGGACACCUGGCACCACCAUCUAUGCGAGUUUCCUAGCGGGCACUGGGCCGCCUUGGGAAUGUUGGGUUGUGGGUGUGCUAGGCUUUGUCUCGAAUGUGGCUUAGCCUAAAACAUGGUCGUGACUGUACAGUCGCGACCAUGUAGUUGGAUAGACAGGCAUACCCAAAAUAAAAAAAAUUGUACUGCACGAUUCUGCACUCUUAGAAGUUUUUUGGCUCCUAAUCUUGUGUUGAGGGUCUCUGGUAUACGCAGCAUGUUCUAUUUUCGAGCAGACUAGCGGCUUGUAUAACUCAAGUGUAUGGAGUAAUUGAAGUUAAUGUUUUAAAAAAAUUUAUGCAGCAUGCUGCUAGUGUCAGCAUUGGCGGGAGUUAAAUGCAGUGUUAAAAGUGAUAGUGGAAACUGCACUCCUAAACCUGGUAGCCAAUGCAUUAGCAUGCAUUAUUUGUUACUGAGCAGUAAAAGCCAAGUUUAUCGCUUCAGUUUAUUUUGUCUUUGGUUCUUUUACUGCACAAAAAUGCUGUGUCACAUGGAACCAAACUUGAGUUUCCAUGAAUUUACACUUUGUGCCAAUUGUAAAUCAUUCUUAUUAAAGAUUUGGCAUACAGUCAGAGAACUGAGAGAUAUGCAACAUUUCAAGAUUGGAAUGAGACUUUCAGUACAGCAUUCUCAGCAUUUCUCUUAGAUUUCAGUCAACGGAGUGUUCAGUCAUCAUGUUGUGCCAUCGUCAUCACCUCACAAUUGUUACCCUUUUGCCAUGUGAUUUGAGAGUUUUAGUGUCACUGCAAAAAUUUUGCUUUUUCUGGAUUACUGGAUCGCCAGAGGUAUAACUGCCCAGAUUGGUGGCGCAGAGUUCAAUCUGACAAACAGGGUUAGUAUUGCAGUAACCAAACAUGUUCUGCUUCACUGCUGAUGUAAAUUUUCCACAGCAGCGUACUCUUGAAUACGAUGCUUUUUUAAUCGAAUGCUUUUCCAGAAGGAUAUAUCUAUAAGGCAUUGUGGUUAAACGAAGCAUUGCAAGAUGCCACUAUCAGCGUCCUGUAACCCGAUAUUGCACAAAUGCCCUUGUGUAUACCGAUAAGACUUUCUAUUAACUGCUUUGCAAACAGUAAAUGGCUGAGCAGUACCAAAGGUGUCGAGUCUCUUUCUUGCACCACAUUAAAGUCGCUGUAUACCAACGAGCCACCAUAAUCGUUUUACUAAGCCCUGAUUUGACUGGUAUAAUCACUCCUUUGUCGGUUGCUACAACAUGUGACAGUGCUUGAGACACUCUGGUGCCUUGGAGUGCAUGUUGAAAAUAUGAAAGGACAUCGGUGAAAUGUAGUGCGACUACUUCAGUUGGUAGACAGCACUUUCUGAGAAAAUGAGGUGGCGCAUUGAAUAGAAUAACUUGCAAUGGUUAACUAACUCACUAUUUAUCCACUCACUUUUCCCCGCCUAUUGGUGGGGAAAAGUGAGUGGACACACACAAGCGCUAACUUCAUUUAUAAGAAAAAUUGGGUGUCUUUAAGACAAUAAACGGUGAUCAUGAAAAAAAGGGUGGACAUAUUUAUGCACAUGCAAUAUCACUCAUGCAGAAGUAAAGAUGACAUGUGCACACCAUAUCAUACACGCACACGCGCACACACACACACACACACACACACACACACACACACACACACACAAAAAGAAGGGGUAUUUUGAAUAUUUUCUUUACAAAGCAAACAGAAAGCAUGCUUACACACUUGCAGUUUAAAAGCUUUUUCUGCUGGUUCAAGAAUCAGCCUAUAAUGAGUUAGCCCCAUGUGUCGACUCAACUAAUCAUUUCUGAAAUUGACACUGAUCAAGAAGAACCUCGUCAAUCACCUGCACAGAAGACAACGAUUUUCAAGGCUGCCGUUACUGACUACAUACUUCAGACUAGUUGAGUAACAAUAUCUCCACUAAUAUUUUGUUUGGCAUUUGUUGUUUUUCAUUUGCUUUAUUUGAGUGUACUUGUCACGUGCUAAGUCCAACAUAUUUUAGGAAUUUUUUGUUUUUGUGCUAAUGCUUUGUUGUUGCAGAUGUUUUUCUUUAUGUACAUUCUAACGAUCCCCUCUAUGACGCCCAAUGGGCCUUGAGGGUACUGUAAAUGAAUGAAUGAAUGAAUGAAUGAAUAAAUAAAUAAAUAAACUUUUGCUAAUACAGUAAUAGGUCAGGAGAAUUGAAGGUUUGUCUAAUAUCUCAUUUAAGGCUUGAAAACGACAGUGCAAAGUUAUAAAGCCAAUGAGUUAUGAGGGGCAUGAGAUAACUGCUGCCUCACAGCUGUUGACUCUUUCAAUAAUAGUAAGAACGGCAAAAACAUACAGCACCCGCAUGUGCAUAUGUAGGACUAUACAAUGAAAAAAAGAAUUGCCGAUGAUUACGUUGCUUCCUAAUGCGAAAUUUGAGCGCAGCUCUUCAGCUGUUUCGGCUUUAUGAUGUAUUGAGGCAAUUCGAGCAACAUGCAUAUGUGCAGUUACAGACUUCUUAUUCUUCAUACAUAUUCCUUCAAGAAGCACUCUACUCCCAGUUCUUGAUUGUCACGAAGGAAGCUUUAUGGUCGGAGAAAUAGAUGGACAUAUGCUUGACUUUGUGCACCAAUGCCUGGUUUGGCAUAGCGCACCUCUGGAUUCUGGCGGUGACAAUGCUGGGCCUCGGCUCGGGGCAGCUCAUUUAGCAGCAGCGGCAGACGAAGGACUUCUACGAGCUGCCUUGCUCAUGGCUCAGAAAGAACUAGCUGAGGAUAAACAAUUUAUAUAGGCACACAGAUUAUAUCAUUAUAUAAACAGUCUGUGAGCCUGAGACAAUCCAUCUCAUGCGGAACGUUUUGCACCGCUAACGGACCAUAGCUUGGUUCAAAUGCCUCGCUUAUCGAGAGGUUGCCAGAGGCAGCGCAUAGGCGCGUAGGAACAUUGCGCGUAUGAAGAGAUGGCAGCGACUGACUGACGCCACUGACGCUACUAGCGAGUGAACUGAAGGUGGCUCUGUGUUUCGGCUUGGGAAGCGCGCAUCUUGAAACGCUGAUACAGACCCGGUGCUUUGGCAACCGAAGAACGCCGAACCGAGAGCGAACCGUGCGCUCUCGCACGGUCGCCGCCACGAAAGAGGGGGUGGGGGAAGGUACACGCAGUGGCGAACGGCGGUGGCUAUGCAUUUCGGCUUGCGCAACACCACAUCAUCGAGAUCAGCCGCCACCGAGCCGGCACUGAUUGCCGCCACACAGGGGUGGCAUUGCAGGAGGAGCGAAGAGAGCAAGGCUUGCGCCGUGCGUGAGAGAUAGCGCCAGGAACAUGCGCAGUUACCGCAGUGCGCUGGCCCCACCUACGGAGCUGGUUACGGUGAGGCACAACGGCGACAGCGACAUGAAAGGGGCGCCAAAGAGCUGCGCUCUAGAAAGAAACAACAAAGUAAUGCAUAGUGCCUGUACAGAUCAAUUUUUUUGCUUUCCCAUACUCUCUCAAAAAAGACAUAUACAAGAGCGAAUCAGAAAGCCUCUUCCCGUUUUUUAUUAGCCAAUAUAAGGUACAUACAGGUAAUUACAGACACACAUACUAUUCUACGUACCUUAGACUAUUCUUCCACAUAGUCCCCACACCUGUUCAGACAUUUGUCCCAUUGCAGUGCUAAACUUGAGAUGCCCCUGUGGUAGAAUUUGUCUGGCUGACUUCAAGUCAUUGUCAUGCAAGCCUUCAUGGCCUUUGUGGACUCGCAACACCACCACCUCACACUUCUCAAGGCAAGACACCGUUCCUCGUACGUGGGCUGCAUUUCCCUGUGGAUUUCGAUGGGUGUUCGUCUCCAUAGAAAACGAAUCACACUUUGUUCCUCAUAAGCCAUGGACGUGUGAAGUACAACCGCCAUCUUUAACAACUGACAGUAGUGCUGUGCCGUGGAGCUUCGGCAGAUAAGGCCGGGCCGCUCCAAGAAAGGUCCACCGCUGGCAAUGGAUAUGUUGACUUCGCAUUUGGCUAAAAAAAUAAAGGCAAGGACUUUCUGCUUUGCCCUCGUAUUUACAUUUCUGUAUGAAGUGAAAACGUAUCAGAAUAUGCUUUUUUUUAUUUACAUUAAUUGGUGUAUGUGACAGUGGUGUCCUUAAUUCAGAUUCCUUCUUUCAGGCCUACAGCACCUUCAAGAACUGGCCGUGCCACAAUGACAUUAGAAAUUCCAAGCAAUUACGUGUUACAGGUGCCCUGCUUUGUGUGUUACCACUCAUGCUUCUUCAUGAUUGCACUGCGCUUAGUAUUACAUUGACAGAUGACCUAAAGAAUGAACAUAAAGGAACACAAUAUGGACGUACAUGGUGUAAACUACCAGCUCGUUUAAUACUAUUAGAGAACACCCUUAUUAUAUCCAUGGUGAUGGGGAGGAGGGGGGCGAAGGGGUGAAAUAUAAUAUAUGACAAUGUGACUACGUGUGAUGAUGUGAUGAGCCGGAACAGUGGCGUUUGCUUGCACCCAUUGGUCCACUCUUAUAUUUGCACCUGCUGCCAUAGCUUAUAUAUUCAUCGUCCCCCCCUCCCCCAUCGCCAUAUAUAUAAGCACAUUCUCUAACAGUUUGGUUACACACCUUUGUGCCAAUCGGAACCACGGGCAUAACAGUUUCCCUCUUCCCAAUUGUUAUAGUAGUGUGCAGAAAUUCUGAGACACUGCACUACCCACAUGGCAUCAUGCGUCUGCAGUGACAUUGACCGUCGCUGCAUUGCCAUGUUUGGAUCGUCACCAGUUGCCGAUCUCAAUGUGCCUGAUUGAUAGUGUGAAUAUGGUCUAUUGUUGAGUAGCCUUUACGAAAUCCUGCCUGGUUCUUUGGUUGACAGAAGUCUAAGGAGUCCCUGAUUCAAUUUGCGAUUGCCUUAGUAUAUACUUUGUAGGCAACAGACACUAAGCGGAUCGGUCUAUAAUUUUUCAAGUCUUUGGCGUCCCUUUUCUUAUGGAUUAGGAUUAAGUUAGCAUUCUUCCAAGAUUCCGGUACACUCGAGGUCAUGAGGCAUUGCAUAUACAGGGUGGCCAGUUUUUCUAGAACAAUCUGCCCACCAUCCUUCAACAAAUCUGCUGCUACCUGACCCUCCCCAGCUGCCUUCCCUCUUUGCAUAGCUCCCAAGGCUUCCUUUACUUCUUCCGGCGUUACCUGUGGGACUUCGAACUCCUCUAGACUAUUCUCUUUCAUUAUUUUUACAUACGGCUCGUCUACACCCUGAUUUCGUAAUGCCUCCAUGACUGCUGAGGUCAUCCUACCUAGCAAAAUUUUAUCUACUAUCACCUAAACAGUAUGGCUUUUGGCAGGGUUGCUCAACUGAGCUUGCGCUUCUAACCUUCACCGAUAAAGCCAAGAAGGCAAGCGACCAAGGCUUGCUGGUUCGAAGUGUAUUUAUAGAUUUAAUAAAAGCUUUUAACACCAUUAAUCACAAAAUUCUAAUACAUAAACUUGAAUCUUACGGCAUAACUGGACCACCACUUCAGUUUAUUUCUAGCUAUCUAACUAAUCGUAGCCAAGUUAUUCAGAUUGAUGGCAAACUCUCAUCUUCUAAGAACAUAUAUCAAGGCGUUCCUCAGGGCUCGAUCCUUGGCCCGCUGCUGUUUCUACUAUUUAUUAACGACCCACCUAAUGUUCUGACCACUACCAACUGUAUAUUAUAUGCAGACAACACGACUAUUUUUACUUGCGCUAAUAAUUUCGACGAGCUACAGCGAAAUGUUAACAUUGAUCCGCGUAACAUAACUUCCUGGUGUCGAAAGAACAUGUUGCACGUCAAUCCGCUAAAAACUGUUUUUAUGGGUUUUCAUUCCUUCCCGACACUAAUUUCGAAAUCUAUAUCUGUGUGUCUUGACAACAACUUAAUACCAAUAUCUGAUAGCACAAAGUUUCUUGGCGUAGUUUUAAACAAGCAUCUGAAAUUCAAUCUCCAUGCGCGGUCACUCAUCCGCAAGAUUUCUUUUGGAAUACGCGCCAUAAUCGAAACCCGCUCAUAUUUUCAGCCGCACAUUAUCCAUUCCCUUUAUCAUGCACGCAUUCACAGCCAUUUAUCUUACUGCGUAUCAGCCUGUGGCAACACAUACCUCGCUCACGUCAGCCAACUUCAACGCCUGCAGAAUCAUGCGCUUUGUUUCAUGACUUUCAUCCAUUUCCUAUCCAAUGCAACGCCACUUUAUUGCAGUUUAAACAUUCAUCCUCUUCAGCAGCUCUUUCAAUUCAAGUUAACAAUCGUGAUCUAUAAGUUAUUUCGUAAUAUUGCACAUAUGGAUGGCUUUAUUAUUGAAACGUUUGUAUAUACUAACACUACCAGGUUCUCUGAACUCGAUAAUCGUCUUUUACCUAAAGUGCGCACAAACUAUGGUAAGUUCAGUACCACAUUUGCAGGAAUAAAACUGUGGAAUUCUAUUCCACAUACCAUAAAAUCAUCACCCACGGAGCAUAUAUUCAAGAACCAAGUUAAGAAAUAUAUUAUGCAGCAACUUCUUCAUCCUAACAACUGAGUUUUGUGAUUGUAACAACAAUUCACUUAGCUAUUAUAGUACAUGUGAUAUUACUCCUAUUUUUAUUGUAUUGGAAAUUUGCAUUGCUUGUUCACUACAGAAGUUUUCUUCGCAAUUUUUCUGUUACUCAACAGCUUUAUAUUUUCUUAUUUCGCACUGUUCCUUAUUUUUAUCAAAUUGUCUGUAAAGUCACCGUAACCAAUGCUUGAUCUGUAUCUCGUUUUUUUAUUUUGUUCAUGUAUGAGAGUCCCCCUGACAGUUUCUAACUUUGGGACUCUCUGUGUAGUGCUAAUUCUGUAUACAAUUCUUUGUAAAAGUGACAUCAUUGAAUAAAACUUGAACUUGAACAUUAAAUUAUUUUCCAAAGGUUUG